CGUGUUUUAGUUGCGUUCAAACGCUUUAGUCUGUAAGUAAGCAAGCCGAAAGCCAACGCAAAAGUCACGAGAAACGGAGCUACGAUCGAGGCUCUGGACGGUUCGAGAGCUCAGCGCCGAAUGCGAACAACUUUGGAGUUCGGUCCGCUCAGCAGAGUCAGCAGGCCAGACCUCAGCAAGUGAGAGUUGAAAACACAGCGCUCUCCCGUGGCAGCAGCCACAGCCACAGCCACAGUCAACAACAGCAACAACAACAAGGAAAGAAAGUCAAAUCAAGAGGCGGCAAGACGAGAUCGCUCGAUUACCUAAUAGUGAGGCUGGCGGUGCAGAUUAAUGGCCAGACGCUCUCUAUUCCACAACGCCAUGAAUAUAGCAGGAGAAAACAGAAGCUUUGAGACUAAACACACCAGAGUUAUCAACAACCCGAACCAAAAACAAACGCUGACAGCAACAGCAACAACAACAACAACAUACGAUCGUCGCCUCUAUCGAACCAUUGUGAAUUCAUAUCCAUAAUUUGUAGAUCUGCGGAUCUAUGGCAUCUAUGCAUUUGUAAUUUAGAAAGCGCCUGAGCAGCAUUAGACUACACAAAGAUCACAGUUAGAGCACGCCCGAGUGCAGCCAUUCACCCACGACACACGCUCCGUGGAGCACACCGAGCUAGUGCAGCCUGCAGCGCAUUUGCUUUCUCCUCUUGACCAGGUGUCAGUCGUGUCCACAUCGCCGUCGCCGUUGCCGUCGCGCAGCUCUCUUACACAACCCGCGCAAUGAUAGUGCUACGCUUCACGCUCCUCACACUGCUCCUAUCGCUGGCCAGCGUCGAUUCCGGUAAUAAUGCACCACAAGAUGUGCCGACGCCGCCCCUCGCAGUGCCUGUGCGAAAUGUGCCGCAGAGACUGCCAGCAGCCGGCCACAGCAACAGCCAUAGCAACAGCAGCAGCAGCCGAGGCAAUGUACCAAUUGCGAUUGCCCAGCAGCAGCAGCAGCAGCAGCAGGAGGCGGCCACAAAUGGACGCGACAAGCGAGGUGCCACCAGCAGCAGCACGACGCGCAGCACGCAGCACAGAAGAGGCAGAAACCACAGCAUCAGCCCGGGCCCCAACAGCAAUCACUUUCAGCUGGAUCAGAGCGAGCUGGCGCGCCAGAAUCAGAUAACCCAACAGAUCUUUGCCAACUUUCUGGAGCGCCGAUUGUUUCCCCAUCGCAAUGUUAGCCAGAAUAUACCCACCAUAGAGGAUAUACUGCCCAAGCCGAAGCCGGCGCUUCAUCCUCGUCCACGCGGCCUUGCGGCCAACAUCGACAGCUUCAAGAGCGGCGGAGGAGCUCAGCGCAAUCGUCUGGCAGCUGUGGCGGCCAGCAAGCGGCUGACGAGCUCCAAUAGCCGCCUCGUGACCUACGAGGAUGAGGAGGAGGACCUGGCGGAUCAGCAGUCCCAGGCGAACAGCAAUCCGCACGAUGAGUACGACGAUGAUGUGCAGGAGUCGCUGCAGAGCGUGGAAUCGGAGCAGCACGAUCAGUACUACGGCAAUAUAUUCCAACGUGAUCCCAGCGAGAAUGAAAUUGAUAGCGACUGCCCCAACUGCGUGGACGAGUCGCAGUACACGCCAAACAAAUGGACGAUGCCGCUGCUGAAGCUGGGCGAGAAGCGCUACUAUCUGGGCAUCUUCUUCAAGGCGAAUUGGUUCAAAGCCACGCAAUAUUGUCGCUACCAUGGCAUGCACUUGGCUAGCAUUUCAUCACAGGAAGAGAACGAUAGACUGGAGAAACACAUACGCGACUUUGGUUUGGGCCACGAGCACUUCUGGAUAUCUGGCACAGAUCUGGCCGACGAGGGCAACUACUUUUGGAUGGCCACGGGCCGGCCCAUCACGUUCACCAACUGGAAUGCCGGCGAGCCAAACAAUUUCCGCUACGAGAACGGCGAGGAGGAGAACUGCCUCGAGCUGUGGAAUCGCGAUGGCAAAGGCCUGAAGUGGAACGAUUCGCCCUGCAGCUUCGAGACCUACUUUGUCUGCGAGGUGCAGCCCGUCUGAUGGAGCACAGCCCGGCCACACUUUCCACAUCCCCCAUCUGCAUAAACAUUCGUAUCUUCGUAUAUACGCAUACAUAGAUAUAUAUAGGAUAUCAAGCAUACGACAUGCGGCACACAAAGCAAAAACAAAACAAACUUAGUUAUUAUGUUGCGUAGUGUACACUAGCUGAUAAGUGUGUAAGGGCAUCUGAAUUUCGCAGUGCUGUGCUGUGCAUGUAUUAAUCUAAUUCACAUACGAACCCAAAAUUUCAACAUAAUUUAACAACAAUUUCGGUUAAGUUCAAGUUCUUGUUGAUGCUUAGCUAGUAAAUAAAUUUAAAUUAUACGUUCGUCUAGAUCGUAGGAAUGUAAAAAGAAA